AAAAUUACACAUUUGCAGACAUUGUCUUUGGAAAUGAACAGAUAAUAAGUUCAGCCAGUCCUUGUGCAGACUUUUUUUUUCAAAGCUUAUCCUCUGAAUUUAAAAGAACACAUGUGCAACCUCAUACUCAUGUAUCUCAAAGGGCUGUGAAACAAUCAUUUGAUGAUACAGUCAGAUUGAUACAAAAAUGCAGUGAAGUCGAUUUGAACAUUGUUGUACUGUGGAAGGCAUAUGUUGUGGAAGACAACAAGCAGCUUAUUUUGGAGGGCCAGCAUCAUGUUGCCCUUAAUACAGUUGGGAAGGAGGCUUUUUCAUUUCCUCAGAAGCAGGGAUUUAAAAAAAUACUCGGGAAUUCUGAUUGGGAGGACUUGGAACAGGAAUUGCCAGAAAUGGUUCUAUUGAAGUUUUUUCGAUCAGAAAACAUACCAGUACCUGCAAGACCAACACCAGAGCAGCUUUCUAAUCUUAUCAAGACAAGUCUUCAUUAUCCAGAGUCUUUCAGUCAUCCUUUUCAUGAAAAAAGCCUGUGUCUGGUACCUGUCACUCUCCUACUUUCCAAUUGUUCCCAGGCUGUUGUAGAUGUAAUGAUUGAUUUGCGGCAUAAAACAACAAGCCCAGAAGCACUAGAAGUCCAUGGAUCUUUUACAUGGCUUGGACAAACACAGUACAAGCUUCAACUUAAGAGCCAGGAGGUCUAUAGCUUGCAGCUGAAAGCUUGCUUUGUUCAUACAGGUGUCUAUAAUCUUGGAACCCCCAGAGUAUUUGCCAAGCUAGUGGAUCAAGUUACUUUGCUUGAAACGAGUCAGCAGAAUUCCAUGCCUGCACUGAUUAUUAUCAAUAACAUCUGACCGCUUCCUGAAAAAAGUCACACUAAAAGACAAAAUAAAUGGGAUUCUUUUCUUAUAUUGCUGGUCGGCAUUUUGCUGCAGUUUUUGGAAAUAGCACCUCAAACAUCUAACUUGUUACUAAAGAUUGUGUAGGAAAGAAAAUAGCAAAAUAUUCAGAUGACAUGUCAAUUUGUUUCUCAAUGCAACGCACGCUGGACUGAAAAUACGUUUAUCCUUUUAUAAUGUAUUUCUUCUCUGGUAAUUAAAAUAUUCAUAACACAAAAUACUCUUUAACUCCAAAUCUGAACGUAUUUAUGUCCUAUGCCCUGUCAAAAAAGCAGCUUGACUGCUGUUACAACUUCCAGCAUGGUAUGUUAAUAUUUGUGGCUGUAUUAGGGUAUGGUUCAGGAAGAAACCGUCAUUGGCUUUUUCCUGUCUGAAGCCAUUAGUCAUGAUAAAUCCUAACCUUACUGUGAAGUUCAAUAAGGUGUCUCAAAUCUGUUUCUGUUUCUCAGUUCCUUAGUUUAAAAUUUUGUUCUGAGUUUUCAUGUUUAUGGAAACUGGUAACCUUUCAAGGUUAACAUACAAGUCCCACCUAAGGUAUUUAAAUAAUUUCUUCAACCAGUUUGAGUAUUUUUCUCACUCAUCUCAAUGCAGAAUGCACUAUUUCACAACCAUGAGAUUUGUCAUUUAAAUUGUCACUUGCUUUAUUAUGUAACUAUAACAAUUGAUCUGUUUUAAAAAAAUCUACUCAAGAUUUUCAAGAAAUGUAUUAUAUUUAUAACAAAUGUACUGUAAAUAGAAUAAAACAUACACCAUAUUCACUGUA